GUCAGCGAGAGGGUUCCUUUCAAUAUCGGCAAUACUAGUAGAAAAUUUUGUUGGGUACAAAAUGGAAUACGACGCAUAUAGAGUGUCCUUGUGAAAUCAGAGCACAACUAACUAAGCUGCUUGUCCCUGCAAAAGGCAGGAAGCGGAAAUCGAGAGAGAGAGAGAGAGAGAGAUCUUGAUUAGUUUUACCGCCAGAAUAAUUCCAGUUAGAGAAAGUGGUUCGUAGUGCUGCUCAGGAUCAUCCGGUCUGUCUUUACCGAAGAGCGCCAUGGAUGGAAGGCGAAGGAGAAGAAGGACGCUGCCUUAUUGGGGUUUCCUCAUCGUGGUGCCCAUCUUGAUGCACAUUGCAAAUGCUGAGAUUGGAAAUUCGAGCUUACAUUGGUCAGCCGACAGUGGGAUGCUGGUUAAUCAUGCUAAGGAGUAUUUAGCAAAUGCCUGUCCAUGGUGUGAUGGAAAGGGGUACAACUUAAAAGCACGCAAACCAUUAGAACAAGAGAUGUAUAACCCAGAGGAUUUGGAGUUAUCUGCUUUAUACACAGAUGCCUCUGGUUCAUUCCAUGUUACUUCAUUUAAAGCGAAGGAUUUGUCUGAUUCAUGGGUCUGGAGAACUUCUGACAGCACCAAGGAUACCAAACCAUAUGAAGAUGAGAUCAAGGAAGGAUCGUUGCAGCAUGAUCUACAUGAGCAAGAGAGUGGUUCAGAUAUCUGGAAUCAAGAAAUAGCUGGAAAAUUUUCUCACCAUUGGCAUGCGUCUCAAAGCAAUCCGGUGAAACUUAAGAGACGGCUACUGCGGGAAGAGAGAAAGGCCAAGCGAAUUGCUGAGUUACUCCAAAAUGAUGAAGAGAGUGAGAAGCUCAUCCAAGCAGCAGCUGUUGAAAGGUCAAAGCAGCUCAAUACAACAGUUCAAGGAAAAUAUAGUGUAUGGCGAAGAGAAUAUAGCAAUCCAAAUUCAGAUUCACUUUUGAAACUUAUGAAGGACCAGGUUAUAAUGGCAAAAGCUUAUGCAAGCAUAGCUCGGGCCAAGAAGGAAAACACUCUCUAUGAUUCAUUGAUGACAUGCAUAAAAAAAAAUCGGAAUGCUCUGGGAGAAGCUCUCUCAGAUGCUGAACUACAUCCAAGUGCACUUGAACGAGCAAAAGCAACGGGCCGUGUUUUAGCAGCAGCAAAAGAGAAGUUGUAUGAUUGUGCAGAGGUUGCAAGGAAGCUACGGGCUAUGCUGCAGUGGGAAGAAGAGAACAUAGCAGCCCUGAAGAAACAGUCCACUUUUUUGACUCAAGUCUCUGCAAAAACUGUUCCGAAGGGCCUGCAUUGCCUUCCUUUACAUCUCACGACUGAUUAUUUUUUGCUCGACUCAAGUGAUGAAGAAUUAACAUCUACAGAAAAACUUGAAGAUCCAAGUCUUUAUCAUUAUGCACUAUUUUCUGACAAUGUUCUUGCUACGUCUGUGGUUGUGAAUUCGACGAUCUUUAAUACCAAAGAACCAGAGAGGCACGUCUUUCAUGUGGUGACAGACAAGCUGAACUUUGCAGCUAUGAAGAUGUGGUUUCUUGUAAAUUCACCUCCUGGUGUGACUGUUCAUGUUCAGAAUGUUGAUGACUUCAAAUGGCUAAAUUCAUCCUAUUGCCCAGUCCUACGGCAGCUUGAAACUGCUGCAAUGAAGGCUUAUUACUUUAAGGCCGACCAUCCAACAACGAUGUCAGCUGCUGAUACAAAUCUCAAGUAUAGGAACCCUAAAUACUUGUCAAUGCUGAACCAUCUUCGUUUUUAUCUGCCAGAAGUGUUUCCGAAACUUGAUAAGAUACUGUUUCUUGAUGAUGAUAUAGUUGUCCAGAAGGAUCUGAUGCCACUCUGGACUGUUGAUCUCAAAGGGAUGGUUAAUGGUGCAGUUGAGACUUGUAAAGAAAGUUUCCACAGGUUUGAUAAGUAUCUCAAUUUCUCAAACCCAUUGAUAUCGAAUAAUUUUGACCCAAAUGCAUGUGGAUGGGCCUUUGGAAUGAACAUGUUCGACCUGACAGAAUGGAAGAGGCGCAACAUUACAGGAAUUUAUCAUUACUGGCAAAACUUGAAUGAGGAGCGCACAUUGUGGAAGCUAGGAUCCCUGCCACCUGGGCUGAUCACUUUCUAUAAUCUGACCCAACCACUCGACCGUUCAUGGCAUGUUCUUGGACUUGGUUAUGAUCCAGCACUCAACCUGACAGAAAUAGAGCAUGGUGCUGUUGUUCAUUACAAUGGCAACCAGAAGCCAUGGUUGGAUAUUGCACAUCUAAAGUACAAGUCCUAUUGGACCAAGUAUGUAUCAUAUGACAACCCUUAUCUGAAAGAAUGUGGCAUACUAGUAUAACGGAUGAUAAGAAAUUGAAACUCUACCAAAAAAGUCUUCUGUAGAAAUUCCUGGUCUUCCAUUUAAUUCAAGAGAGAGAUCCUGUAAAUGAUGCGGAAUUUUUUUGGGCAAUUGAAUUGACCUUUUUCCCUUGUUCGUGGUGUUACACCAGGAAUGCACAUGAGAGUCGCAUUGACUGGAUGUGCUUUUGCAGCUAAGCUGGUUCGCUAUUGUAAAAUGAUUCAAAACCUCAUUCAUAGAGAAAUAUUCAGCCUUGUCUAUGCA